GCGCCGGAGCGCGGCAGGCGGACGCUGGCGGAGCGCUGGAGCGGAGCGCCGAGGCAGGAAUGAGCGGGUGAUUCGCUAAAAGCGCGGAGAUUUCUGCUCUUAUCACUCCGGCGGCGCUGCGUGGCGCCUAACUGAGCAUGACGGCCGCCCGGCGCUGGAACCGCGUUUCUCCGGCGGGGAAGCGGCUGGUUUACUGAGCUCUGAACACAAAGAGCCCGCGCGCUUCUGCUCGUGUCCGCCGAGGAGCUCCGAGUAAACAGGAACGCGCGGGGAUCUGAGAGGGGGGAACCCGACAAACGCGUUCUGCGGGCGGGUGAAGGCGCAGAAAUGCCGGUGCACACAAAGGAGAAGAAGGAGAGCAACCACGAAGACAUGGACGUGGACUACCCGGAGCAGGAGGGCAGCAGCUCGGACGAGGAGGACACGGAGAGCUCGUCUGUGUCCGAGGAUGGAGAGAGUUCAGAGAUGGACGAUGAAGACUGCGAGAGGAGGAGGAUGGAGUGCCUGGAUGAGAUGACUAACCUGGAGAAGCAGUUCACGGAUCUGAAAGAUCAGCUGUAUAAGGAGCGAUUAAACCAAGUUGAUGCCAAACUUCAAGAGGUGAUGUCGGGAAAAGCUCCUGAGUAUUUGGAACCUCUUGCAAACCUUCAGGAAAACAUGCAGAUCAGAACUAAAGUCGCUGGCAUCUACAGGGAGCUUUGCUUGGAGUCUGUGAAGCAUAAAUACGACUGUGAAACUCAGGCUGCCUUCCAGCACUGGGAGAGUGAGAAGCUGCUGCUGUUCGAUACGGUCCAGACCGAACUGGAGGAGAAGAUCAGACGUCUGGAGGAAGACCGGCACAGCAUAGACAUCACCUCAGAAUUGUGGAAUGAUGAACUACAGUCAAGAAAAAACAAGAAGAAGGAUCCCUUCAGUCCAGACAAAAAGAAAAAGCCCAUCGUCGUGUCCGGUCCAUAUAUUGUCUACAUGCUGCAGGACCUGGACAUUCUGGAGGACUGGACAGCCAUCAGAAAGGCCAUGGCCACCUUAGGACCUCACCGAGUCAAAACGGACGUUCCUCCUUCCAAGAGUGAGAAACACCAGCACAGCGCUCGCUCGGAGGACGGACGGCUGUUCUACGACGGCGAGUGGUUCGGCCGCGGGCAGAACAUCUGCAUAGACAAGAAGGACGAGUUUCCCACAAGUGCCGUGAUAACCACCAUCAACCACGAUGAGGUCUGGUUCAAGCGCGUGGACGGCAGCAAGUCCAAGCUGUACAUCUCGCAGCUCCAGAAAGGAAAAUACACCAUCAAACACGCCUGAGGGGCUUCAUUACCGCUGCAGGACGAAGGGACGAAGGGACGAAGGGAAGCGCCCACAUUGCCGUUCUCUCAGUGCCCGGCUUCACACUGUGGAUGUGAGAGGGGCUCUGUCUGUCUGUCUGAGAGGGGCUCUGUCUGUCUGUCUGUCUGUUUGUCUGUCUGUCUGUCUGAGAGGGGCUCUGUCUGUCUGUCUGAGAGGAGGGGGGGUAUGUCUGUCUGAGAGGGGCUCUGUCUGUCUGUCUGGAGGGGGGGUCUGUCUGUGAGGGGUUACUGGUGGUGUAAGGGCGUUUACUGGUGGUGUUACUGGUGGAGUAAAGGGCAGAUGCUGUUUCAGGGAGUCGUUUUCCUCCUAUUUUCUACAUUCCUCAUUAUUCCUGUGUGCUGUGAGUGCCCCCCGCUCAGAACGAGCCCGUCGGAACCUCGAAUCUCCGGGUUUAUUGAGUUUCACCUGGUAGAGAAACGCGGCUGUUUACACGGAGUCGGUUUCAGGACGACCGGGCCAACAGAACCGGCUGCGGGGGUAAACCAGGUUGCCAUUCCCAGCGGUUUUGCUCCUCCGCCUGCAGCGGCGUUCACACACGCUGCGGACAUCCGGUCUAAAUAAAAAUAAUGCGUGGCCACGACUUGUUAAGCCGCGAUCUCGUUCCACGCGUUAAUAAGGCCAUAACAUUCCCAUCCUCCAUAACAUUCCCAUCACCACCACUGAACCGCCCUGACUCCACCACCCUGCAUUCACUCUAACUGGGUCGACAGCGCCCCCUUCUGCUCCGCUGUCACUUGGAGGUGCAGUUUGUAGCUUUUCAUUAAGCGCUGGUGUUUUAUAUGGAUCCGGUUUCCUUUCUCUGACCAAGUAACGGGAAUGGGGGGUCUGGGUUUCUGUGCUGAUCACAUGAAUAAAAUGACAUCUGAGGAAAUAACUGAUAA